UAAAUUCAUAAUUCUCGUACCUAUGGCCCGAAGGCCGAAUUAUGCACCGAGGGAGUCAGGGAGAGCGGUGGCUCGCGUAUAAAAGCCGGCGGUCGCUCGGAGAGCACAUCAUUCGACCCGCGCCGCUCCGUGACACAACAUGAAAGCGUUCUUGGUAUUAGCAGCCGUAGCGGCACUCGGCUCGGCUCGGCCGGAGGCGGGCUACAGCUACAGCGCGCCCGGCGGCGGCGGCGGCCACGGGGGCGGCUUCUCCAGCGGGGGCGGCGGCGGCCACGGGGGUGGCUUCGGGGGCGGCCACGGAGGCGGCCACGGGGGCGGCUUCUCGAGCGGCGGCCUGAGCUCCAGCAGCUUCGGUAUCGGCGGCGGCAUCGGCGGCGGCGGCUUCUCCAGCGGCGGCGGCGGCUUCUCGUCCGGCGGCAGCAGCGGCGGGUUCUCGUCCGGUGGAUUCUCGUCCGGAGGCUUCGGAGGCGGUAGCUUCGGUGGCGCCCCCAUUGUGCAGAAGCACAUCUACGUCCACGUACCGCCCCCAGAACCUGAAGAGCAGCGCCCGCAAGUGAUCGGAGGCGGCGGCGUGCCCCAGAAGCACUACAAGAUCAUCUUCAUCAAAGCGCCGUCCCCGCCCGCGCCCGUCGCGCCCAUCAUCCCCGCGCAGGCCCAGAACGAGGAGAAGACCCUGGUCUACGUGCUGGUGAAGAAGCCCGACGAGCAGCCCGACAUCACCAUCCCCACCGCCGCGCCCACGCAGCCCAGCAAGCCCGAGGUCUACUUCAUCAAGUACAAGACCCAGAAGGAGUCCGGCGGCGCCAUCGGCGGAGGCAUCUCGUCCAUCGGCGGAGGCAUCAGCGGCGGCUCCCUGGGAGGUUCCCUGGGUGGUCUGUCUGGAGGCUCACUGGGCGGCAUCUCUGGCGGCUCUAUUGGCGGCGGUCACGGUGGCUCCAUCGGAGGUGGACACGGAGGCUCCAUCGGUGGAGGACACGGAGGCUCCAGCUCGGGCGUGAGCUCGUCCUACGGCCCGCCCGGCCAGUCCGGCCCCUACUAAGCGGCGCCCCCCGCGCGCACCCCAUGUGAUACCUGAGUUUGCCGGCGUAUAGUUUAUAAGUAGAGAAAAAAAUUACGGUGCCUAAAUGUAUUUAUGUAAAUAGUAAUUUUAAUGUGUAAUUUUAGUUGUAUGAUAAAUAUUUUUGAAUAAAAUUGAUAAACUAAAACAA